GGCACCGCGUGUUUGUCCAAUGAGACCCCGCGGGCGGAGCCUGAGGUUGAAGAGCGGAAGUUAGGGAGAAGUUUCUGAGCUCACAUGGAGGAGGUGGCCCGGGGUUCUGAGGGGGCAGCCGGAGAUGCAGUAACUCCAGGGAGUAAGCGUGAUGUCACUCACGCCUCAGGGAAGCUCCCAGUCCGCACAAAAGCCUCUCUCCUUGACAGUGGGGAGGAUGUUGAGAUGAGCAAUGAUGACACAGAUGAAGAGGACACAAGUGAGCUCCCUUCUUUGGAAGUCUUGGGACUUCCUGAGGUCCAGGAUGCAGAUGAGGAAAACCCGGAGUCCAGCAUCAGGAAGAUGAACGAAGAGGCUGGAAGCAGGGCAGCGAAUCAGGACAGUUCACAGGAAACUGAUGAUGAGUGGCUUCAGGUCCUGGGGAACGGGCUGCUGAAGAAGAAAGUUCUAGUAGCUGGCCAGAGUCAGGAGCCGAGGCCACAGAAAGGUCAGAAUGUAACAGUGAGGCUGAAGAUGACGUUGGAGGAUGGGACAGAGGUGGAGGAAGAUCCCAAUCUUUGUUUCACCGUGGGGGACGGUGAUGUUAUCCAGGCAUUAGAUCUCUGCGUUCAGCUGAUGGACCAGAAUGAAGUUGCAUUGAUUGUCUCUGAUGCAAAGUACGCUUACGGCAGUCUGGGCAGCUCUGAGCCCAGUGUGCCCUCAAAUGCCACUGUCCAUUUGGAGGUUCAGCUUCUCUCUGUGGGUGACAGCCCGGACCUGGAACUGUUGUCGGGGAAGGAGAGACUGCUGCUGGCUAAUAAGAAACGAGAGCGAGGAAAUACGUAUUUCUUGCGAAAUGAAUAUGUCUCUGCAAUCAGCUCCUACGACAUUGCUCUCAAUAUCAUCAACUCCAGCUCCAAAGUUGACUUUCUGGAGGGGGAGGAGAAGGAGCUGAUGAAUGUGAAGGUGAAAUGUUUGAAUAAUCUGGCAGCUGCUCAGUUAAAGCUCGAACACUUUGAGGCAGCUCUGAAAUCCUCAAAUGCAGCCCUCCAGCACCAACCGAACAACGUCAAGGCCCUCUUCAGGAAAGGAAAGGUCCUGGCCCUGCAGGGUGAAUACACAGAGGCCAUUCCUGUCCUCAGGAAAGCUGCACAGCUUGAACCAUCAAAUAAGGCGAUUCAGGCUGAACUGUCCCAGGUCAUGAGGAAGCAGUCAGAGCAGCGGAUCACCGAGCAGGCCAUGUAUCGCAAGAUGCUCGGAGACAUUGCAGUGCCUCCUCGCUGCCAACCAUCCCGAUCAUCCUGGAAGAUUCCAUGGAAGUGGCUGUUUGGAGCGACAGUGGUUGCAGUUGGAGGUGUGGCUAUGUCAGUCAUCAUCGCUGCAAGAACCUGACACGUUGUUGCCAGAGUAACACUCGUUAAGAGGCAGGCUACAGACAAUUGCAGAAUUUCUCAAAUACGUUCUUUUUUCCAAUUCAGAGCAUUCUGGGCCUCCUAUUACUUCAGGUAUUGUAAAUAAAGUUACAGGAAUUGAGCCAACCCAGUUCUUUCAUUCCAUUUAAACUUAUUGACUUGGAGCCUGUGACAGACUGCAGAUUGGUUGAUAUACCUGUUUUGAUUUGACAUUAAUUUAUUUCUUUUGGGGUGGGGGGGGGAAAGAGCGCAUGGAGCUUCCUAUCAAGUGACACGUUUAUAUAAUUAUAAUAAAAUGUUCUUAUUGAA